AUGGGCUCAAUAAAAUUCACGCUCAGGCAGCUGUCGUCGGAUGACGCUUCCAGCCCGAGGCACAGCUAUUUCAAAGUGCUCAGCGAGUAUUUGCAGCCCGAGAGCCCGGUAAAAGCAAGAGAAGUCGCUCAAUCCAUCGACGCCUUGUGCCCGCUUAGGCAAGAAGGUGGUGAUGCGAGCAGCGCCGAGGACUUCAUCUGGGGGUUCUGGACAGAUGUAGACCAGAUCGCAUGCCAGAUCCCUCACAACCACGAGUCCCAGGACAAGCUCAUCAGUGUCAUCCGCGAGCUGCAGACACUUCCGCCAGUGACAGUCACGUUCUGGGGAAAUGAAGAGCGUCUUUGGAAAGAUCUGCCGCUGGCGGGAUCAGCCUUUCGAGACACAUGGACAGGCCCCAAGGAAGGCGAUGAGUCCUCUCAAGAGCAGUGGAUCAACAAGAAUGCCUUUUAUGCUCGCCUUUUCGGCGCCAGGAUAGUGCCGUGGAAGCCGAACUUUGCGAUCUGGACCCUCAGGGAUGCGCUCGAAACGACCCAGGGUGAGUUCGGUGACUGCUACGUUGCUGCGGCCGCGUCUUGGAUAGAGCACGCUGGCAAGUACCUCUACGAUUGUACGCGUAAUGGCGAGAGCGAUGCGCAGUUUAACGAAAUUACUGCCCCUGGAGAACUGUUCCGCGGAUCUGGAGGGCUGUCGACGGAGCGGUGGACCUUCUGGAAGUCGCGAUUUGUCCAGGUCUCAUCUCAGUCUGGGUCAGACGCAUCCGGGAGCUGUGCAGAGGCCGCCGCGCGCAGAAUGGCCGAGAUAGAAGGUGGAGAGUAA